UAUUCAUAAUCUCAUGGCGGGAAUUUUUUCACUUUACCUUUUAUUAUUUAAGUGCUUUGUUAUUUACAUAUAUAAGUAAAUAAAUGUAUUUGAUUAGAUUUUGUUUAAAAUUUUAAAAAUUUGUUGUAAAUCAUGUCGAAGGCUUUAAGUUUAAAAAAGCCAAACAAAGCAAGUCAGUCAAAGAAACAAAAACCUAUAACGCAAUAUUUUAAAAACAAUUCACAUUUAGAAAAAUAUUCUGAUGAUUCAACACAAAGUUGUAAAUAUAAUGGAGAGGUGGAUGUGCAAUCGGCUAAAAGAAAAGCUUCUUCACCUAUAUUUCAGUCGACAGCAGAUCUUGGAAAAAUAACCGAUGAUCCUUAUCUAAUUAAUAAUACAAAUAAACAAAACUCGCACAAUGGCUUAAUAUUUAUGUCUAGUUGUACAAAUAAAAAACUUAAAAUAGAAACAUCUCCUGAAAAGCACAAGGAUAUGCUUAGAAAUUCACCUAAAAAAGAAAAUAAAUUGCAAUUGUCUUCAGAUGAGAAAAUGGACAAUACAUUGGUAUCUAGUAAAACUGAAGAUAAAUUAUGUGAAAAAGCUAAACAGGAUCGAUCCCCUCUUACUCCCAUUAAAUUUGAGAAUAACAUUAUUUGUAAUAGCAAUGUUAUAUCUAAAUCAUGUACAGAGGAUGGUAAAAAUUAUGAAAACUCUUUGAAUAAAGCUAGUACUUAUGAAGACUCAGUAUUUAUUAGUACAACAGAUGUUGAAUCUCCAAAGAUAAAACCAAGAACACCAAGGAAAAGCCCUAUUAUAGGAUCUACAGCUCAAUAUUCACCUGGAGUUGAAAAACUACUCAUUACUGAGACAGUUUCUGCGAAAAAAUUGUCACCCUCAAAAUGUGGAUCUACUGUUCGAAUAUUGAAUUUCAAUGACCAUGACAUUCAAGACGUAUUUGGUGAUGAAUGGAAGAUUAUCGAUAAUGAUGAGAUCUGUGCAGAUGAAUUAGAUUUGAGUACAAUGCAGCAUUGUGAGGUAGUGAGUUUGAAACAUCACCCUGAUCGUUUGGAGAUAAGACUAAAGGAUGCCACUAAUAAAAGAGCUACUUGUUUUAUUGAAGGCAGUUGGUUAGAUACUCCAUUGUGCCUUGGAGAAAUCGUCAGUAUUAUAGCUACAAGAAACUUAACAAAUGAGUUUCAUAUAAAUAACACAUCUGGAUUGCUGGUGCUGCGGCCUGACCACUUAAUAUCUAGCACUAAUGUUGUAGCUGGGGUGUUCUGUAAACGAAAAGCUAUACUUCAAGAACGUUGGAGGGGUAUUGAUUCUGCGAACACUGCUAUGACGAUUGGUAUAUUAAUACAUGAGCUGGUUCAAACUGCAUUUACGCAACAAAUAACUGAUGUCAAAAUACUGCAAUUACAAGCCAGCAGGAUUAUAAAGGAAUCCAUACAAAGGCUCUAUGAUGCUUGUUUGAGUGAGGAAGAGGCUCUUUCUAAUAUGCAAAUAUACCUAACUCCAUUGGCCGAGUUUAUGCAGACAUAUGUUGGAAGGAACUCGGUUUUUUCUACACCACAGCAUUUACAAAAAGACAAGUGGAAUGGUCACAUUGAUAAGGUGCUGGAUAUAGAAGAGAAUUUGUGCUGCCCAGAGUUAGGUUUGAAGGGGAAAAUAGAUGCUACAUUGCAAGUUACAAUACAUGAUCGAAAAGGUGCAAAACGGGAAAUAGUGCCCCUUGAGCUAAAGAGUGGAAAGGCGUCUGUGUCAGCGGAACACCGCGGCCAGUUGGUGUUGUACGGUAUGAUGUUGAGCUUGCAGCAGCGCGAAGAUCCCACGCGAGCAUUGCAGAGGGGACUACUGCUGUAUCUCAAGGAUCGGGUAGAGCUCCGUGAAGUGAGUUGCGGAUACCCGGAACGUCGUGAUUUGGUGAUGUUGCGAAACCAACUUGUGGAAAACCUCGCUGCUUCUCCCCAUGAUGUAGAUCCUGAGCAGUUAACGGAUAUAGAAGAGGCAUCACUCCUUCUGCAACAGAAGUUGCCAGAUCCCAUCCAUCAUGAGGGAGCCUGUAGCAAGUGUCCAUAUCUCACCAUCUGUUCAUUACACUUGUGGCACACCAACGGACCGUCGGUAUCAGACAAACAUCCUCUAUCCAAACUGCACGAACAGGCUCUAGGGCAUCUGACGGCGGAACACAUAAAAUACUUUCUCCAUUGGACGGCUUUACUCAAAAUGGAGGAAAAAUUACAAAUGACCACUUCUCCUCUACAUACGCUUUGGACGGACAGCCCAGAAAAUCGAGCGAAACGGGGAACAUGUGCACCAAAUUUACAAUUAAAAUCUGUAAAAGCAUUUGAAGACAGAUUUUUACAUAUCUUCGAAAGAAACAUUAUAAUAAAAGUUAUUACAGGUGAAAAUAAAGAAGAAAAGCAUGUAAAAGGACCACAAGAAGGUGAUUUCUCAAUAGUGAGCAUUGAAAAUCGGCCAUGGAUAGCCGCUGGCGCUGUUACAAUUUCAAAUGAGACGGAAAUGCAAAUCCUUUUAGAAAGGGACUUAAGUCGACGUCUAAAUAAAACAACACUAUUUCAUAUAGAUACUUACGAAUCAUACGCAAGUGUGGUGAACAAUCUUAGCAAUUUAGGAGUAUUAAUGGAUAAUGACGAUCGCGCGCAAAGAUUAAGAAAGUUAAUAAUAGACAAAGAGGAGCCACAGUUCGAAAAGAAGUUGCCACGUGAGGUAGGCCGGCUGGGCACUAAACUGAUGCGCUCACUCAACAUACAGCAACAACGGGCCGUGCUCAAAGCACUUGCAGCCACGGAUUAUGCACUACUUCAGGGAUUACCUGGAACUGGUAAGACUCAAACAAUAAGCGUUCUGAUACAAAUGUUGGUGGCAUUAAAGCAGCGCGUUCUAGUCACUGCGCAUACACAUUCUGCUGUUGAUACAGUUUUAAACAGGUUGCCAGAACAAAUGAAAGUGAUGAGGCUGGGCCCGGAGGCGCGAGUGGCGGCGCAGCAAGUCUCGCGCUGCGAACACCGCCUCGCCGCGCACUGUCGCACUCCGAAACAACUAGAGGAAUUGUACAAUUCUAUGGAAGUGGUAGGCGUGACCUGUUUAGGGGCAGCGCAUGCUAUGCUCUCGCGCACCACGUUCGACGUGUGUAUUGUGGAUGAGGCUACACAGGUCGUCCAGUGUACGGUUUUGCGGCCUCUAUUUGCAGCGAAGCGCUUCGUAUUGGUUGGGGACCCAGAACAGUUGCCGCCAGUUGUGAGGAGUCGUGCCGCUAGGCGCCUUGGUAUGGAAGAAAGUUUGUUUCAUAGACUGAUGAAAGAAGAAGUAACGUCGACUCUUCAACUUCAGUAUCGAAUGAAUGAAGCCAUUGUGAAUAUUGCCAAUAAAGUUGCAUAUAAUGAUAGGCUUAAGUGUGCUAACGAGAGAAUAGCACAAGCCAAUCUGUCUAUUGACGUACAGAAAAUAUCAGUAAUGCCCGAGUGGGUAGUUGAAGCGUGUAGCACACGUGCGGAGCGCGCCGUUGUGUUUCUCGACCUGCCGCCCCCUGCGGCCGCCGUACCCACCGACACGCCCUGCCUCAACAGGGAUGAGGCGUGUGUGGUGCUCGCUCUCGUCAACGCCAUGAUAGAGGGUGGCGUACAACCAGCAGAUAUAGGCGUUAUAGCGCCAUAUCGCGAACAAGUAGCACUACUGCGGCGUUCACUAACUCGUUAUACAGUGGAAGCGAGCACGGUUGACCAGUUUCAAGGGAGAGACAAGGAUGUCAUCAUAUACUCGUGCACAAGACGCGACAUGCGUCAAGACGACAGUAAGAUCAAGGAAAAUGAAAUACUAAACGACCGCCGGCGAUUAGCAGUAAGCGUGACCCGCGCGAAAUACAAGCUCAUGGUGGUGGGCAAUGCACGAGCUCUCCGCCGUUACGCACCGCUUCGACAACUGAUUGAAGCGUGUGCGAAAAUACCACUCGCUGAAGAUACCCUCGCUGCUGUAGUUCAUAAAUACGAGACGCAUGUAUCAUAAUUUGAUUGACCUAUGCGAUAUAUACAUAAAAUGUUAUUAAUCCUUAAUUACUAAUAUUAAAAAUGUGAAAGUU